UCGACGGUAUAUCCCGUUGUAUGGGUAUGUGUGAGGGUGUAUUUCACAAAAAGUGUGCCGCUAAAUUAAAAGGCUUUAACGAGACGGAGCUAUGCGAGGACUGCCAAACACCUGUUAAGCCUCAAUCGAGUAUAAACACCGAUCCUUCUAAAAUCACGAUGGAAAAAGUGCUGAGAGAGGUCAACGAAAAGCUGGCUGUCGUACACAAAAUGGAAAAAACCCUCGAUGAGAUGUCUAACGAUAUAAGUUUCUAUUCCGCAAAAUAUCAAGAACUUAUCGAGGAUAGGGACAAAGCGAACAACAGAAUAAAGGCAUUGGAGCACAGGAACAACCACCUGGAGACAUGCAAUCGGGCUCUGGAAGAACGGGUAACCUGGUUAGAAACCAAAGAGAAAGAGAAAAAUGUGGAGAUAGUUGGCCUGGAGGACAAAGACGACGUCAUUCUGGAAAAUGUUAUUCAGCAGUUAGCCCGCAAGCUUGGAGUAGACGACGGGCAAAUACACGAGAUACAGCGGGUAGGCGUAAAACCCGCCGCUGUUAAACCAGCUACCGCCAAUAAGCAAAAUGAAGGUCGCUCGAGCCAGCCGCGCCCGCGGCCCGUUGUUAUCACCAUGGCAACGCGGGCGGCUCGCGACCAGUGGCUGGCCGCUAGAAAAACAAUAAAGCUAUGCAAUAAUGACGUAUUUGAGAAUGGCAACAAAGACUUUAUAUACAUAAAUGAAGAUUUAACUAAGUAUACACGUAACUUAUUGUGGACGGCAAAGAAUGAAUUAAAACCUACUUAUAAGUACGUAUGGGUGAAGGAAGGCAAGGUACUGAUAAGGAAAGAUGACCCAGCUGACGCGAAGAUAAGAGUGGUCCGUUCCCUAAACGACAUAGAUGCGUUAUUAAAUGAUGAGAAGUGACGUACUUAUACAUAUAUGUCUAUCGGCUCCUUUAAAUCGUAACACUAUGUUAAAUAAGAUGUUAUCUAGCAUUCAAAUUCAACGACGAAUCUACACAUAUUACGUCUAACAUAAGUUACAAAAAGUACGAGAACUUAGAAGUAUGGAACAAUGAAAUAAAACUGUAUAAACUAAGUUUACAUAUUAUUCACAUCAAUAUAAGGUCAUUAAGGAAAAACUUUAACGAGCUACAAUUAUUAUUAAGCGGGUGUAUGGAGAAAAUAGAUGUUAUUGCCCUUACAGAGAUUAAUAUAAAAGAACAAGAAUUGCCCAUGUAUAAACUGAAGGACUAUGAUACAUAUAUAACGACAAGAGAAACAUCCAGAGGAGGAGGAAUACUAGUAUAUGUGAGGAAAAGUAUAAGCUUCACGGCAUCCAUAAUUAAAUCUAACUACAGUGAGAUAAUAUACGGAGAACUUUCCCGGGAUA